CGAAAUCGACCCCAAACCCAACCAGAUCCGCACACGCGUAGACCACUCCACUCCGCCUCUCGCUUCUUCCUCCUCCUCCUCCUCCUCCUCUCCUCCAGUGCCGCAGCGCCGACCGGUGCCCCCGGAGACGAGACUGGAGAGCUCGCCCACCCGCCCGAGCGAGCGAUCUCCGGCCCCGAUUCCCAUUCCCGCCGCGCCGUCGGUGCACAGCUGAAGGCAGGCGAUUUCGUACAUCCAAACUAGCAUUGGACCCUACAUGAUAAGCAAACAUGGCGCCAGGAAGCAAGGCGGAGCAAAAGGCAGCGUUAGAUGCUGGGGCAUGGAUGUUCAAUGUUGUCACUUCGGUUGGCAUAAUCAUGGUCAACAAGGCCUUGAUGGCUACACAUGGGUUUAGCUUUGCUACAACAUUGACUGGGCUGCAUUUUGCAACCACCACUUUGAUGACAUUGGUGAUGAAAUGGUUAGGAUACGUUCAGCCAUCUCAUUUACCUCUGUCAGAAUUAGUAAAGUUUGUCUUCUUCGCGAACCUAUCAAUUGUUGGGAUGAAUGUUAGUUUGAUGUGGAAUUCUGUUGGCUUCUAUCAGAUUGCGAAGCUGUCUAUAAUUCCACUUCUAUGCAUUAUGGAGGUCCUGUUUGAGAAUUUCCGUUACUCGAGGGAUACAAAGCUUAGCAUAGUGGUUGUCCUUGUAGGUGUGGGAGUGUGUACAGUUUCUGAUGUCAGUGUAAAUGCGCAAGGAUUGGUAGCCGCCGUAAUAGCAGUUUGUGGCACUGCAUUGCAACAGCAUUAUGUCAAUUACCUUCAACGGAAGUACUCGCUCAACUCACUCAAACUUUUGGGUCAUACUGCACCAGCUCAAGCAGCUUCCCUGUUGAUAUUAGGCCCAUUUGUUGACUUCUGGCUGACCGGAAAUAGAAUCGACACUUUUCACUACACCAGCAUAGUGACGUUCUUCAUUGUGCUGUCAUGCGUGAUUGCAGUCGGAACCAAUCUAAGCCAGUUCAUAUGCAUUGGGAGAUUCACGGCAGUCACGUUCCAAGUGAUCGGCCACAUGAAGACUAUUCUCGUGCUAACCCUGGGGUUCCUGUUCUUUGGGAAAGAAGGCUUGAAUUUCCACGUUGCGGUUGGGAUGGUCCUUGCCGUGGUUGGGAUGAUAUGGUACAGCAGCGCAUCUUCGAAACCUGGAGGCAAGGAGCGGCAGGGUGUACCCAGUGAGAAGGCACCGAAGUCGCCGCAGUCGGAACUGGAUGAUAAAGUAUGAGCUGGAAGCCUCUGAAGUUCUUAUCACCGGCUAUUUAUAUGGCUCCCGUCUUAUAUCGAAUUAAAUUAAAAGGAUCACGAGAUUUUUCCUCCUUGUACACGGUUCCUUCGAGGAAUGUUUCUACAGAGUUGUUAGAAAUGUAGGCCACAAAAGAAAGAGAGUUCACGAAAUUUCUCAGGAAAUACUCUACAUAGGUUACGUGGGCAGGCCUUUUCAGUUAAGACUAGGUGAUUUCAUGACUGUUGUUCCUCAACAAUCGUAAUAUACACGUUUACACCUUGUCAGCCAGAGUCAUUAGAUGCGAGCAUUGUGCUCUGUUAACUGGUAUCUGAAAUCGAACAAGCUGUAAAGUGUAAACUGCUACUGUUUGUUGUCUCCUCUUCUGGCAAGUGGCAGUUCCUCUAAUA